GGACGUCGUCUCCAAUCUCCAUCUCCCUCCUCUCCCUGCCAGCCCAUAUACACCACCAAGCAACGAACAAGGGACUUUCUAUGGCACACACAAACGCAUCUUCAGUCAAUGCAAAUUGAAUGUCAAGUAACAAGAUCAAUUGCUACUGUCGGAUCUCUUUCCGAACUACAUCUCUUGUCGAAGCCGGACGAUCCUGGUUUUGAACUGCCACUAUCCAGAUGACGGAUCCGAAUCUCGAUUUGCAGGAGUCGGGUUGGGAGGAGCUCAGGAGAGAAGCUCGGAAGAUCGAGGGCGAUCUCGACGUCAAGCUAUCUUCAUAUGCUAAACUCGGUGCUAGGUUCACCCAGGGAGGUUAUGUUGAUACCGGAUCUCCAACCAUUGGGUCUAGCCGGUCAUGGAAGUCCAUGGAAAUGGAAAUCCAAUCUUUGCUUGAGAAGCUGCUAGAUAUAAAUGAUUCUAUGAGUAGAUGUGCUGCAUCUGCUGCACCAACUACCUCAGUGACACAAAAGCUAGCAAGGCACAGGGACAUACUACACGAGUUUACCCAGGAAUUUAGAAGAAUCAAAGGGAACAUAAACUCAAUGAGAGAACAUGCAGAGCUUCUUAGUUCUGUCAGGGAUGAUAUCAGUGAAUAUAAGGCAUCUGGAAGUAUGUCGCCAAGAAUGCAGUUACUGCGGGAGAGAGCUGCCAUCCAUGGGAGCAUAUCUCAUAUAGAUGAUGUGAUCAAUCAAGCCCAAACUACCAGAGCAGUGUUGGGCUCUCAAAGGGCUCUGUUUGGCGAUGUGCAAGGGAAAGUCACGCUUCUCAGCGAGUUCCCUGUCCUUCGUGGCUUACUUGUAUCCAAUGAGCUAGUGCAACGAAUGUUGAGAGAAGAAUCGAAUGCCAUUGAAACUGAACAAGUUGUAAAGGGCUCUCGCGUAGGGCCAUGCCCAAAUGCUUAG